GAGGUCAAAGCGAGGUCAGAGGUCAACCCGACUCCCAUCACCCCACCAGAGGCUGACCCAGUCUCCAGUGACGAUCCAUACGUCAGCUCAACCGUCUCCGAACCUCCAGCGAUCGACUCCGACGCCGCUGCUGAUUCAACUGCUAACAGUGAUAUUUCAGACAUGGCUGAACCUGCUGAUGAUGGCAAGUUCCUCUUCCUGGACAACGACUUCCGCAACAGCGGCGUGGCGCAAGCCGACUGGGCGGCCAAGAAGAUGGUGUGGAUACCGUCAGAGAGGGAGGGCUUCGAACAGGCCAGCAUAAAGGAGGAGAAGGGUGAUCAGGUCCUGGUGGAGCUCUCCAACGGUCAGAAGGCGACGAUAAACAAAGACGACAUCCAGAAGAUGAACCCGCCCAAGUUCAGCAAGGUGGAGGACAUGGCCGCCCUCACCUUCCUCAACGAAGCCUCUGUCCUCCACAACCUGCGAGAGAGAUACUUCUCCAGCCUGAUCUAUACGUACUCGGGUCUGUUCUGCGUGGUGGUGAAUCCCUACAAGAUGCUGCCCAUCUACUCUGAGAAGAUCAUCGAGAUGUAUAAGGGCAAGAAACGCCACGAGGUGCCGCCGCACAUCUACUCCAUCACAGACAACGCCUACAGGAACAUGAUGCAAGGUAGCCACCCGUGUGUGAAUCCAGGUGAGUGCCUGAAGCAGGAAGACAAGAACACCAAGAAGGUGAUCCAACAACAGCAGGCGGGAUCUCUGGCCUACGGGGAGCUGGAGAAGCAGCUGCUGCAGGCAAACCCCAUCCUGGAGGCGUUCGGAAACGCCAAAACCAUCAAGAACGACAACUCCUCGCGAUUUGGAAAGUUCAUCAAGCUCAACUUUGAUGUGACCGGCUACAUUGUCGGAGCCAAUAUUGACACCUACCUGCUGGAGAAGUCUCGCUGCAUUCGUCAGGGCAACACUGAGAGAGCCUUCCACAUCUUCUAUUACAUGGUGGCCGGAGCCAAAGACAAGUUGAGGGAGGAGCUUCUGCUGGAGGACUUCAGCUGCUACCGUUUCCUGGUGGCGGGUCACGUGGAGAUCUCGGGUCAGGAGGAUGACGAGAUGUUUAUUGAGACUCUGGAGGCGAUGGAGAUCAUGGGCUUCACUGAGGAGGAGAGAAUAGGGAUGUUGAAGGUGGUGUCCACUGUGCUCCAACUGGGAAAUGUCAAGUUUGAGAAGGAGAGGAACAGCGAGCAGGCGACCAUGCCGGACAACACCGCUGCCCAGAAGGUGUGCCACCUGCAAGGCAUUAACGUCACCGACUUCACCCGUGCCAUCCUCACCCCCCGAAUCAAAGUGGGCAGGGAGGUGGUGCAGAAGGCGCAGACCAAGCAGCAGGCUGACUUUGCGAUCGAGGCUCUGGCUAAGGCAAUGUACGAGCGCCUGUUUCGUUGGAUCCUGGCCAGAGUCAACAAGACGCUGGACAAGAGCAAGAGGCAGUCAUCCUCCUUCCUGGGCAUCCUGGACAUCGCUGGCUUUGAGAUUUUUGAGGACAACUCUUUUGAGCAGCUCUGCAUCAACUACACCAACGAGCGUCUGCAGCAGCUCUUCAACCACACCAUGUUCGUCCUGGAGCAGGAGGAGUACAAGAGAGAGGGCAUCGAGUGGAACUUCAUUGACUUCGGCCUCGACCUGCAGCCCUGCAUCGAGCUCAUUGAGAGGCCGAACAACCCUCCAGGCAUCCUGGCCCUGCUGGACGAGGAGUGCUGGUUCCCCAAAGCCACUGAUGUUUCCUUCGUGGACAAGCUGCUGAACACCCACACUGGUCACGUGAAAUUCUCCAAACCCAAACAACACAAAGACAAACUGAUGUUCAGUGUUCUGCACUACGCCGGGAAGGUCGACUAUAAUGCAGCUAACUGGCUGACUAAAAACAUGGAUCCUCUGAACGACAAUGUGACCGCUCUGCUCAACAACUCCUCCAGCAACUUCAUCCAGGACCUGUGGAAAGACGCGGACCGAGUGGUGGGUCUGGACACCCUAACCAAGAUGUCAGAGAGUUCGGUGCCCACUAAAUCCAAGAAGGGCAUGUUCCGAACGGUGGGUCAGCUGUACAAGGAGUCGCUGGGAAAACUGAUGACCACGCUGCACAACACCCAGCCCAACUUCGUCCGCUGCAUCAUCCCCAACCACGAGAAGAGGGCUGGGAAGAUGGACUCCAACCUGGUGCUGGAGCAGCUCAGGUGUAACGGCGUGCUGGAGGGCAUCCGGAUCUGCAGACAGGGAUUCCCAAACCGCAUCGUGUUCCAGGAGUUUAGGCAGAGAUAUGAGAUUUUGGCUGCCAACGCGAUCCCGAAGGGCUUCAUGGACGGGAAGCAGGCCUGCUGUCUAAUGGUAAAGCACCUGGAUCUGGAUACCAACCUGUAUCGUAUUGGUCAGAGUAAGAUGUUCUUCAGGACAGGAGUUUUGGCUCAGCUGGAGGAAGAGAGAGACCUCAAACUGACCGUCGUCAUCAUCGCCUUCCAGGCACAAGCAAGAGGCUUCCUGGCCCGCAAGGCUUUCAGUAAACGUCAACAGCAGCUGACCGCCAUGAAGGUCAUCCAGAGGAACUGCGCCUGUUACCUCAAACUCAAGAACUGGCAGUGGUGGAGGCUCUUCACCAAGGUGAAGCCGCUGCUGCAGGUCACCAGACAAGAAGAAGAAAUGGGUCAGAAAGACGAGGAGCUAAAGGCAGCGAAAGAGGUGGCGGCCAAGACCGAGGCUGAACUGAAGGACAUCUCCCAGAAACACACUCAGCUGAUGGAGGAGCGAGCGCAGCUGGAAGUUAAGCUUCAUGCAGAGACGGAGCUGUACGUCGAGUCCGAGGAGAUGAGGGUGCGACUGGAGGCCAAGAAGCAGGAGCUGGAGGAGGUGCUGCACGAGAUGGAGGCACGUCUGGAGGAGGAGGAGGAACGCAGCCUUUCCUUGCAGCACGAGAGGAAGGACAUGGAGCAGCAGCUACAGCUUAUGGAGGCUCACAUCGCAGAGGAAGAGGACGCUCGGCAGAAGCUGCAGCUGGAGAAAGUGGCUGUGGAGGGAAAAGUCAAGAAGCUGGAGGAGGACGUUCUGCUAAUGGAGGACCAGAAUAACAAACUGCAGAAGGAGCGAAAGCUUCUGGAGGAGAGGCUCGCUGAUAUGAGCUCUAAUCUGGCCGAGGAGGAGGAGAAGUCCAAGAAUUUGACCAAACUCAAGACCAAACACGAGUCCAUGAUCUCCGAUCUGGAGGUGCGCAUGAAGAAGGAGGAGAAGGGUCGUCUGGACAUGGAGAAGGCCAAGAGGAAGGUGGAGGCGGAGCUGGCAGACCUCCAGGAGCAGCACGCCGACCUUCAGGCCCAACUAGCCGAGCUCCGUGCCCUGCUAGCCGCAAAGGAGGAGGAGCUCCAGGCCACACAGUCCCGCUUGGAUGAGGAGAGCAACCAGCGGGGGGCGGCGGUGAAGCGGGUUCGGGAGUUGGAGGCCAUGCUUUCAGAGCUACAGGAGGACCUGGAGGCAGAGAGGACGGCUAGGGGGAAGGUGGAGGCGGCACGACGGGAUCUCGGAGAUGAGCUGAAUGCUCUGCGCACCGAGCUGGAGGACAGCCUGGAUACCACCGCCGCCCAGCAGGAGCUACGGGCAAAGCGUGAGCAGGAGGUGGCCCUACUAAAGAAAGCCAUGGAGGAAGAGGGGCGCAGCCACGAUGCCCAAAUCCAGGACCUGAGACAGAAACACGGCCAGGCUGUGGAGGAGCUCUCUGAGCAGCUGGAGCAGGCCAAGAGGGUGAGAGCUGGUCUGGAGAAAGCCAAGCAGGCUCUGGAGAAACGGGGAGUGCGUCAGACUCCAUGCGCUGACCUGCGAUCGUCUCCGCAGUUGCCAAACAGACGUGGAGCGCACAAGGAAGAAGAGAGGUGGAGGGUGGAGCUGGAUAGCGCGACGAGUCUGUUGAAUGAGGCGGAGGGAAAGAACAUUAAGCUGAGUAAAGAUGUCUCCACGCUGACCUCUCAGCUCCAGGACGCUCAAGAGCUGCUGUCAGAGGAGACCCGUCAGAAGCUGAAUCUGUCCGGACGUCUGCGUCAGAUGGAGGAGGACAGGAACAACCUGAUGGAGCAGCUGGAGGAGGAGACUGAGGCCAAACGGGGCGUGGAGAGGCAGGUCUCCAGCCUCAACAUGCAGCUGUCCGACUACAAGAAGAAGCUGGACGAGAUGUCAGGGACGGUGGAGCUGCUGGAGGAGGGGAAGAAGCGUCUGCAGCGCGACCUGGAGGCAGCCAAUGGCGAUUACGAGGAGAAGGCCUCGGCCUACGACAAGCUGGAGAAGAGCCGGAUCCGGCUGCAGCAGGAGCUGGAGGACGUCCUAAUGGAUCUGGACAGCCAGCGGCAGCUCGUCUCCAACCUGGAGAAGAAGCAGAAGAAGUUUGAUCAGAUGCUGGCAGAGGAGCGCGCUGUGUCCUGUAAGUUUGCAGAAGAGCGGGAUCGAGCAGAGGCUGAGGCGAGGGAGAAGGAGACGAAGGUGUUAGCUCUGGCCAGAGCACUGGAUGAGAACCAGGACGCUCUAGAGGAGGCGGAGAAGACCAUGAAGUCCCUCCGAGCAGAGAUGGAGGACCUCAUCAGCUCCAAGGACGACGUGGGAAAGAGCGUCCAUGACCUGGACAAGGCCAAGCGUGGUCUGGAGGCCAUCGUUGAGGAGAUGAGGACACAGAUGGAGGAGAUAGAGGAUGAGCUGCAGGUCGCUGAGGACGCUAAGCUGCGUCUGGAGGUCAACACUCAGGCCCUGAGAGCUCAGCACGAGAGAGAGCUGCACGCACGCGACGAGAUGGGCGAGGAGAAGAGGAAGCAGCUCCUCAAACAGGUGCGUGAGCUGGAGGCAGAGGUUGAGGAGGAGAAGAAGCAGCGAGGUCAAGCAUCAGGCAGCAAGAAGAAGCUGGAGGGGGAGCUGAAGGACAUGGAGGACCAGCUGGAGGCCACCAGUAGGGGGCGAGAUGAAGCAGUCAAGCAGCUCCGCAAGAUCCAGGGCCAGGUGAAGGAGCUCCAGAGGGAUCUGGAGGACUCGCGUGCAGCCCAGAAGGAGGUCCUCGCCUCAGCCCGGGAGUCCGAACGCAGAUCCAAAGCCAUGGAGGCCGACAUCGUCCAGCUGCAAGAGAUGUUGGCAGCAGCCGAGAGAGCUCGUAAGCAGGCAGAGACAGAAAGAGACGAGCUCUCUGAAGAGCUGACCAGUAACUCCUCCGGAAAAUCUCUGCUGUCUGAUGAAAAACGCCGUCUGGACGCGAAGAUCAGCCAGCUGGAGGAGGAGCUGGAGGAGGAGCAGGCCAACGUGGAGAGCCUCAACGACCGGCUGAGGAAGAGCCAGCAGCUGGUGGAUCAGCUGGGUGCGGAGCUGACUGCAGAGAGAUCUUCCUCUCAGACCCGGGAGGGAUCACGUCAGCAGCUGGAGAGACAGAACCGAGAGCUGAAGGCCAAACUGCAGGAGAUUGAGGGCCAGGGUCGCUCCAAACUCAAAUCCUCCAUCACUGCCCUCGAGGUCAAACUGAGAGAGGUGGAAGAGCAGCUGGAGAUUGAGAGCAGAGAGCGUCAGGCCAACGCCAAGAACCUGCGUCAGAAAGAGAAGAAGCUGAAGGAUUUAAGCAUCCAGAUGGAGGAUGAGAGGAAGCAGGCGCAGCAGUACAAAGACCAGGCAGAGAAGGGUAACGUGCGGGUGAAGCAGCUGAAGCAUCAGCUGGAGGAAGCGGAGGAGGAGUCUCAGCGUGUGGCGGCGGCUCGCAGGAAGCUGCAGAGGGAGCUGGAGGAGGCGAGCGAGACCAACGACACUCUCAACAGAGAGGUGUCUUCACUCAGGAGCAAACUGAGGUACUGAAAGGCCCCGCUGGG